UUCAAAGUUCAGAAGCUCCAAGUCAAGUUAGAGACGAAGUGACAAGCGGCUGUCAACCAGCUCUCCGAGUCGGUACCAUUGUUAUCCUAGUUAAAGUGUGAAGGGAGAAUAAGUUUAACGGAGGCUUCGUGUAGAGUCCGGUCUGCUGCCUCUCUGCUCAACAUCAAGUCAACCAUGGAGGGAGGAUUACCUUAUCGGACAUCACUUUCGCGAAAGAAGUUCAUGCUUUGGCUUUGCUCUGCUCUGUUUUCCAUAGCUGGAGGCAAAGGUGAGAUCUCCCAUGCCCAUCCCACAAUGAGUGUUUCAGUCCCCCACCUGUUCUACACCUGUCCCGAGGGUGCAACCGUCAAACUGGUGUGUGCCCAGAGAGGUGCUGCCUUGCACCCCACUGAUGUCUUGAAGCGCAGCUGGCGUUUUACGCCCCAUAGUGAUCAGCACUGUUCGGGAAGAGAGGGCCCACGCCAUACUAUCAUCAGUGGUCAUCCCCAUGGCAACCACAGCUUGCUGCCAGGGUUGAUAUUUGGACAUUCAGAGCAGAAUUUCUGGGUGGUUCUGCAGAACGUGACCCACGCUGACCAGGGUCGCUACUGCUGUAUGAUCCUAGAUGUCCAAGUGGUGAACAAACAUCCCUCCCUGCUGCAGAAACCCCACAGCCAUAUUGUUCUCCAAGUUACACCACGGAGAAAUGGAUCUCAAACUUGCACUGUCUGGGAUCCCACACCAUCUGGAGGCACUGUGCCAGUGGCCUUGGCCAUAACAGCCUGCAUCGUGGCUCUGCUCGCUCUGCCUCUCAUUCUGGUGCUUGUGUACAAACAGAGGGAGAGCACCCAGUCGAGCAGACGUGCACAAGAGCUGGUGAGGAUGGACAGUGAGGCCCAUGGCCACGAGAACCCGGUGUUUCUUGCGGGGUCACCACAGAUUAAGACCAGAACUGUUUCUCAGAUCAUGACCAGACAAUCCUCUGAGACAGGACGCCACCUGUUGUCUGAGCCAGGAACCCCUCUUUCUCCUCCUGGACAUGGGGAUGUAUUCUUCCCAAUAGAAGAUACCAUCCCAGAGUCUCCAGACUUCCUGCAGGUUUAAAGGGGGGUGGGGGAGGGGGGUGAAACCUCAUUCGUUGCUCUAACUGCUGACCUGGAAACACUUCUGCAUCUCUCUUCCUCCUCUCUCUGCCUUCAGAGCAAUGUUUCUCUCAUGAGCUAUCUCACAAUAACCUCUGCUGGGAUUGUCAUUGUACAUUGUCUAGACCGCAGGAGGGAAUGGAUUAUUUCCACCUGCAACAACAGCUGGAGGCCAAAAGUAAACUCUUGCUUGUGAGCAGUUGUGUUGUGUUGGCGGCUGGGUUUGUGUGCGAUGCUCCAUCUAAACGCUCUAAACGGCUUGUUUACCAACAGGCGCAUUAGUCUGGUGGGGUUCGCUGCUUGAGAUGUACUCAGAGUGCUGAGGGUGGGGUUUUGCUCUGUUGUACAGGGGUGGCAUGUGAAACCGUUGCUGUGGACCUCUGAAGCACCUUGCACAUACAUAUGUUGUUUGGUUAAGAUCAAACAUUCUACUCUUUCUAAUUUGGCAGUUCCUGUACAACCACACAGUGAUAUACCACCCCCAGCCCCACAAAAUUAUGUUUACACUUUAACCGUAAUUUGUUAAAUCAGUGAGAGCACAAACUGGACUGGAACUAUGAAACAGCCUUGUAUCAUUACUUUGAACUGCACCAAAGUCUGAAAGCGAACCUCAGGGUCUCUCAUCCCUGUCACUGUAAUAACGGGUUCUAAUAGUGUCAAACCAAAGGGGGCUCAAUCGUAAGAGAAGUCAGAUUAUUCUUGUGCAAGUUGACAUUUGUUGAUUUAUGGCAUUACACUGUUCCUUUGUAUCAUCUCCACUUAGCUUCUUUUUUUUCUUCCCUCUCUUUGCUACCUCAGCUCUGUAAAUACUCUCCUUCCUCCCUGUACUUUCUGAAACACAGCACUUCACAGUGGCCUUAAAUAAUUUCAUUAAGUGCUGAAAAUGUCAGUAAGUACAGUAUUUAGGAAAAAAAAUUGUUGGUUCAUUUUCAUAUAGUUGAUGAUUUUCCUUCAUGCUUGUGUACAGUGUUGAUAAAUAUGAAUAUAAUGUUUAUUGCCUCUCUAUUGAGCCAAAUAGAUAGAAAAAACAAAAACA